ACGGGUUUCUCCGCUCUUGACGUCAGGAUCGGUUUGGGGGCGGGGCGGCGAGCGGGCCCGGCCCCUCCCCCACCCCUUCCCUGGCGGCGCGACCCGCUCGGAGGCCGGUUCGCUCCGGUUGAUCCCGGACUCCCUUUGUUCGUUUGGUCGUAAAGGGCUCCGGGCUCUCACCUCUUGGGCCCGACCCCCCACCCCGAUUCAUUAGUGUCUAAUAAAACGGGAGAGAUAGGCCUGAAUAGAGUCUUGGAGGAAUCUGGCACUUGUUUAAGAUUAUCCGCAGUGUGACAACGUUCUGGUCAUUACCAAAGGACUUGAUGGCAAAUACAUUCGAUGAACACACAGGACAGAAGCCGUGAGAAGUGCUGAGUUCUGUGAUACUGUUUUUUAGGAUUUAGGAGCUUAUGUUACGCUUGGAAGCUUGUAUAUAGCUAAAACCAUUUCCUCUUUGAAAAUCAAGAGCAGUGCUUUUACUGGAUAAAAUUUUUAACGUUGACGCUUCACACCAUACUAACCUGCCCGAAAAAAACUUUUCGUGGCAUUACUGUUAAAGAAAUAGCACCCUUACACCUGAUGAUUGUAAAGGCCUGUCUUGAACACGAACCUUCACUACAGGCCAAGGUAGCCUUCAGAAGUCUUUGGGAAGUUCUUUGUUCGGCUGUAUUCAUUGGGCUAGAAGAACAGAAAUUUUCCUUGGUACUGGUGUCUCUGAACCUCCCAUUCAAAACUAGUUUGUCUUCAAAACUUGAGUUGGGUUGUGUAUGUUAGAACGUUCUUUUCCUCUCGCCAGGAGGAACGGAGACCCAUUCCUUAACUACAAUCCUUGGGGCCAGUGUGUUUUGGAAUUGAGAAAUCUUUGGAUUUUCUCUUCAGAUCUUAGAGAAUAAGGUGCAUAGACAAGAGAUCUCACCCCCGCAAAGUCGGGGCAGCAUCCCUAAUCCAAAUUAAUAUUUGUGUAGCUAUAGGUGUGUUACACUUUAUGGAAACUAUAAAUAUCAAGUCCGGUUUUGCCACCAAGUAAGUUUUAUGCCAAACUUGGGAAUGUUUCUUUUAUUUUCAUAAGUUUCUGACUUGAGAAGCGCAGAUAAAGGUUUGUGGACCUAGAGUAGCGAGCGUAAAAGCUAACAUUUGUUGAGUUUUCCUUGUGUGCCAGAAAGUGACCAGGAGAUUUAUUAUGUAAGUCCCAGGGCAGGUCUGUGAGGUUGAUAUUAUUCCUGCUUUUACCUCUGACGUUUGGAGAGGUCAAGCUGUGUAGAGCCAGCCAGUGAAGAGCUGCAGUUAUAAGUAGGCAUUUGUAACUCUUUUAACCUGUGCUAGCUAUAUGCCUAUGUACACAGGAAGAGGAGGUGGCCACCCACUAUUUUUCGAGUGCUGUUAUUAUAGGCACUUGAUUUAUGAGUCCCGUUUAGUUUUUCACAUCACUGGCCUGUUCUUUAUAGUCGAAGAAACGGAGGGUCACUCAGGCUGCAAAGGAACUGCCUCUCAGGAUUCUUCCCCUGAGACUCCCUUCCUUGAUUCCUUUAGGAGCUCUUUGAGGUUCUCUCGGUGCCCUGUGCUUACCUGAGGAAAAUGUCUGAUGAAUUUUCGUUGGCAGAUGCGCUACCUGAACACUCCCCUGCCAAAACCUCUGCUGUGAGCAAUACAAAACCUGGCCAACCUCCUCAAGGCUGGCCAAGUUCCAACCCUUGGAAUAACCCAAGUGCUCCACCUUCUGUGCCAUCUGGACUCCCACCAAGUGCAACACCCUCCACUGUGCCUUUUGGACCAGCACCAACAGGAAUGUAUCCCUCUGUGCCUCCCACCGGACCACCUCCAGGACCCCCAGCACCCUUUCCUCCUUCUGGACCAUCAUGUCCCCCACCUGGUGGUCCUUAUCCAGCCCCAACUGUGCCAGGCCCUGGCCCCACGGGGCCAUAUCCUACACCAAAUAUGCCCUUUCCGGAGCUUCCAAGACCAUAUGGUGCACCCACAGAUCCAGCUGCUGCUGGUCCUUUAGGUCCAUGGGGAUCCAUGUCUUCUGGACCUUGGGCACCAGGAAUGGGUGGGCAGUAUCCUACCCCUAAUAUGCCAUAUCCAUCUCCAGGGCCAUAUCCUGCACCUCCUCCCCAAGCACCAGGGGCAGCACCACCUGUUCCGUGGGGCACUGUUCCACCAGGAGCCUGGGGACCACCAGCACCAUAUCCUGCCCCUGCAGGAUCAUAUCCCACACCAGGACUCUAUCCCACUCCCAACAAUCCUUUUCAAGUGCCUUCAGGACCUUCUGGUGCUCCACCGAUGCCUGGUGGCCCCCAUUCUUACCAUUAAGUUAAUGGAUGAAGAGAGGACGCUUUGCUUUUUGAAGUACAUAUGUAUGCACAUGAAUGCAUACAUAAAAAUUGGUGGUUUCACUGUUCUUAGAGGGCAUUCAUGAAAGAACAACUCUUGCACCUCUCAGAGAAGAUAUCUGCCUCUUGUACUUGGAUGUAUAGUACAUCUGAUGGAUACAAUCAGAUAAAAAUGUAAAAGUAAAUCAUUCAAAUGUGAUUUUUAUUUGGUUUUUAUGGAACGCUAAAGUGAUGAAGUAUAUUGAAUAGCUCUUUGAUACAAUUUGUCUAAAACAAGUUUUUGAUUUGUUUAAAUUAUGAAACCACACACUUAAAACUCUAAGAUGAUGUGGAUUAUUGUUAGAAUCUGCAACCUCAUUGGCAAAUUAUUUCAAAUAUUUUUCUAUAAUCACUUUUUCCCCUAAAUAAACACACUUUGAAAACAAUCACAUUGUCAUAAUUUAAACAAAUGAUGCCUCUCAACAUCUUGAGCUGCCCUGUCUACAGGAUGACCAAAUCUGGUCCUCUUGAGGUUGUAGUUUGGAUAUACGUUUUAAAGCUAUUGGUAAUUAUUGUCUGAUGUUGAGUUCAUUAGCCAGGCAGUGUUCGCUUUUAUCCUUGAUCUUUUAGUAAAAACUUGUCUUUCAUUUUGAGUUCCACCUGAUUUGCUUCAUUGUUAGCCAGAUGGGUCACACAUGUCUAAAAUCUGCCAUGUAUGAAAACUUUUUUCUUUUUAAUGCAGGCCAACAUGUGUGUAAAUUGUUAUUAGAGAAUUAGCGAUCUCUGUAUUACUUUGGAAUAGAUUUUGAGAUGUCAAUAUUGCUUUGGAAAGAACUCAAAGAAGGAAAUAAUUCUCUCUGUCUUGAACCUCAAGCCAGAGGAAGCCCUGGAAAUUGCUUCAUAGUGACAAGUAACUUGCAUUCCCACAAAACGCUCUUCUACCCAGACCCUUCCAGGAAGAUGGCUCUCCCUCAGUUCUUGAAGGAGCACAUCCCUUAGUUUCUCUCUGAUUUGGAAAACUGGCACACUCUAGGGGUCUAGUGUAAACACGUAAAGCAGUUACAUUUCAAGAACUUCAGUCAUUUAGACAUGACUGUUCUCUUUGUACAAGCGUGAUCAAAAUGUGUCUGUGUCUUUCGGAGUCUGGUUAAGCCGGGUCAUGGUCUCUUGCAUAGUUUCUUGCAUCUGUCUGUAAAGUGCUUAAGGCUAAUUGGUCAGUUCUGUAUUUGUUGACAGGUAAACAGGUAGAAUUGAGUGCCAUCCUUCACAACUGUCCUCUAGCUCUAACACUGAAAAUAAUAAUAAGUAUAGAUCUCUGCAGUUGAGUUGAAAGCAGUGUGACUGUUGCUUAAAUAAGUGUAACCACCAAAAUAGCCUAAGUAGUUUUUUAGCACCUUAUCUUUAAAUCAGAUUCUUAGAUUCUUAGAACUGACUAUGUUAUUUGUCAGAUAACAUUUUGAAACUUUGAAUGUAUCCGUCAGGUUACUAAAAUAUGUUGUGAAUUUCUUGACUAGUAUAGGAGAGAUUUAUGUUAGAGCUCUUGUUUUUGCUUAGAAAUGAGAUAUUUAGUAGUUUGUUUCUCUUAUAGUUGAAAUGUCAAGAAUGCCAAAUGCUGCCAAUUUAAUGGUUUGAUAGCUACCUCCUUUUAAGAAAGCAAGAUGGUCAUCUUUGAGAAGAACAUUCAGUGUUAAAGCUCCUUUUUAAGUAGAUGAUAGAGUCAAGCUUUCAGAAUUGAAACUGAAUUGUUUAGAUAUUUUCAGACUGGGGAAUGUCGUUAGACAGCUCUUUACAUAGUGGCACAAGCGGUCUUUUUUUUCUUCCCCUUGCAAGGCAAUCUGCAACUAUCUACAACACUGUUGGAAUCUUUUGUCAAAGUAGCCUCCCAUUUACAAGGCAGGAGCCUUAGGAGGUAUUUUAGCUUAGGGAUCGGGCAAUAUCCUGUCAACUAACUGUAGGAAUAAGACGGGAAAAGUGAGAUAGCAAAAAUCUCCUUGUGGUUAUUUUGGUUGUGCUACAUUGGGGUAAGGUGACAGCUCUGGCUUUAGAUACAAUAUUUAACACUAGAGGAUGAUGUUUGACUGAAACAAGUGGCAGCAUGUUUGGGAAUCUGUCAUUGCGGAGUCUUGUUUAUUAGAGGAGAAAAUCUGCUAAAGGAUUGGGAAGGACCAGGAGCCUGAGAUUUGGAAUUAGUACCCCCAAUAAGUAUAUACAUUUGGCUAGUGACCCAUACUGCCCAGUGUGGCCAUGACACAACACCUUUUCUUUGCUUUUUGAGGACUUUCCAACUAGUAGUUGGGAAAUUUUUUUUAACAUAAGAAUGGGAAUCAAAGGGACUAGAAUUUACUUUUAUACUCCUUUUAGCCUUUUAGAGCAUUAUUUCUCAACUUGGGAGAGUCUUCAUUCUUGUGGGCACUCUGGGACAAAAACGUAUUUUUAGGUUCAGGGUAAAGUUAAAAGCAGAAGUUAUUUCAGUGGAGGAAUGGGGGAAAGGUUGCGAGGAAGGUUUUUUUUCUUUACAGGGGAAUAAUGUUGCUUUCGAAACAAGUCCUAGGCUGGCAUCCGUUUAGGGAGGAGACCGUUUCUUAGAAAAGUUUGCCUGGUCUUUGAAGGGAAUACAUGGUGUGGGAUAUGCUGGCACUUGGACUGUCUCAGAGCAAGAACUUUAAGACAAAUUUGAUGGAGAUCAUUGAGAUGUGUUGAGGAAUAGUGCUUCUGGAGUUGGAAUCUUAGAUUUUGAAAUGUCGAACCUAAAAAUGACAACAAAAAAUGAAAAUAAAGACCUCAGGUCCUUAUCACACGUGCAGUUUCUCAAGAAUCAAGGCUCCUUAAACGAGUGUGUGAACUACCUUGGCUUGUCCAUACUGGACUUAGCCUGGCACCUUUUCAUGCUUUUGAAGAUGGCUGUUUACAAGUCUGACUCCACAGCCCUGUUUUGUAUAAAGUAAUGCAUCGAUUAUUCAGGAGUAGACAAUACAUUUGUUUUAGUUACCCCAGGGCCUCCUCCUUUCUGCCUUGUUUUUAGUGUUUAUUGUUUUCAGUAGAGAAUAGUAAAAGGGGAGAGAAGAAAGGGGUGACUUUUUGGCCUUGGUCUGGCACACCACUACAGCAGAAUAUUGGCAUAGAAGUCAGUUUUGCCCAUAAAAUUUUACCUCACAAAUAAUUCGCUACAUACCGUACUCAAACGUACAGCUUUUGAAACUAUUGGUAUAGAUGAACGAAGCCCUACUCAAGUCUCAAUUACAAUACUGUGCCUGGUUUGCAUAUCAGUUAGUUGCCUAUACUUCUAAGUGAUGAGUGCCAAUGUCUUCCUUCCUCACCCUGAAUAAUCUAGUGCUAGAUUUAUAAAAUGCCAGGGUUAUAAACCCUGGAAAUUAAAGCUAAGCACAGACCUGCAGGUGUUGGUUUUUGAAAAACAAGGUUAGAAUCAGAUGAAUCACACUGAUACAUGUACUAUGCAUAGAAAGUAAAGGGUGACUUUCAGGGAAGACUAUAAUUUAAUCUUAAGCAAUAUUUAGUAUUGAAGACAGACACUUUUUAUUUUCAGAAUUCUGCCAAGUAAAAAAAAAAUUGUCAAAAUAAUCAGUGUUAAAGAAAUGCCAUGCAAGCUUCUGGCUAUAGAAAACACUGAGAACUGCAUUCAUUUAAGAGACACUUCAGUGUCUGAUCCCGGUGCUUUGCCAGAUUCCAGAGAUACAGAGAUGAAAGAGAAUGCCUGUCCUGCAGAGGCUUACAGUCUAGGGGUGGCAUUGGAAAAUUCAGUAGUGCACCCAUUUUUGGUUUACCUAGAUAAACAUUUUAAUUUGCCACUGGUGGAAAUUAUAGAACAGCCUUUGGACAUUUUAAAGAGCAAAGUAUGGUAUACCUUUUUUUUUUUAAGUAAGAAAUUAAUGUUUUUCAAGAUCGUAGUGUUUGUCAGUGCAGCUAUUCAUGUGUGCAAAGUAAUGGGACGUUUUUCCUCUUCAAUUCCUCCCUGGAUGAAGGCACUUAAACUGCCUGUCCCUGGUUAGCAGAUACUGAUUUGUUGCCAUUAAGUAAACUUGACUUCUUAUGCGUGCUCUAUAAAAAGGUUUUUUUUUUUUGUAUUUUUUCUUAAUAUUGUGAUUUUUUUUAAGUUGACUUAAUAAUGACAAAUUUAAUGUAUGUAAUUGUCUAUGCAUUUUAAGUUAAACUGCCUACAAUGUGAUUUGAGACCUAGACAUUUGUUUGUAUUAUGAACUGUAAGCAAUCUGUUUGAAACGUUAGGUUUAUCACCUGCUGCUGUAUUUGUAAACAAAGACAUAUGUUGCUUUAAGAAGUAAUUAUAAUUAGGAAUAGUCUAUGGAUGUGAUACUUGAUAUUUUUUAAGAUAAACUUGUUUGCUUUUGUGUAUUAUACCAGAAAACUUUUUUAAAAAAUGUAUUUUCAUGGUUUCAUAGUUUUUCCAUGUAUCUUAUUCUGCAGCCCAGUUCUGGGCUUCCCUGAGAAGUCCUUAGUCUAAUUAACUGCAAAAUUGUUGUAAGAAAGAAAGAAAGAAAGAGCGGGCCUGAGACGCUCCUCUGUGUGUGACCUGCAUUCACGAAGGCAUUUAAACAGGCUGCCUGGGAACAACCCUCCACAAACCCACUUUCAGCAACAUGGUGUCCAUUGUGUGGGUUUCUUCUCCCUUCAAGGCUAUGUCAUUCUUUGUAACCAGGUUAUCUGUAUAAUCAGAGUUUCUUUGCCCCAGCUGCCACCACCCCCACUUUUAUGAAAGAUUGUUCUGUUCUUGUCAUAACUACUGUGCCUGUGGUGAGGGCCACAUUAAUAAACUUGGUACAGUUCACCA